AUGCAGAAAAAUCCUCGAUUAACGUCCAGAAAUCUCUUUGAUGAUAUCUUCGCAACUAUUCCAGCAGAUGUCGUUCUUUACACUGGACCAGCCACACUGCGGGAGAAGUAUGCCUUGAUGGCAGAGAAAAACGCCACUAAAACUACUACUAAUACUACUGGUAGUAGUAAUACGAUAAUAACUACUACUCUUGAAGGGGAAACAGAAGAUGUGAUGCUUCAGGGAAAUGAAAUGAUAACUAUAGGCGGUGAAAAUGGAAAUGAGAGUUCCACAACGAUGAUGACGAUGAGAAAUAAAAAUGAGGGAAAUACAUCAUCCUCUUCAUCAUCCCUCCCUGCUGUAAUGGAUCUAAGUGCAAUGAUAAGACGUGCGGCCGAAACGAAAUCCACUCCUGUGAUGGAUACAGUGCGAUCUGAACAAGUAUUGGAUGUUCAUUUAGACACUGAGGAUGAUGCCGUGCGGGAGGCGACGAAAUAUGCGGCGAUGAUUGCGGAAAUGAAUGCGGCAGAAGAAGAAGAAGAACAACAACAAGAAGAAGAAAAAACAGAAAAGUACGGAGGGGCUGAACGAAAUAGGAAUGUAAACAAUAACAAUCAUAAUAAAGGUGGUGGUAGUGCGAUGGGAAAAGGAAUUGCAGAGGGCCGUCCUAUUUCACAUGGGGGACAAGGUGGUAAUGAACGUAAUAAUCCUCAUUCCCAUCAACAACAACAACAAGAAGACCAACAACAAUCUCAACAAGGAAAUAGAACGGUAGAGGUUCCCCGUCGAAAUUUAACAGCAGAUGAACAGAUUGCUAUCAUGCAACCUGAAGAAGAUAUUGAACAUGAAGGACGCAUUGUGUUAUUCCGUCAUAAUAAAGGAUUUGGUUUUAUAACGCCUAAUGUAGGAGGUCCUGAUGUGUACUUUACACGUGAGAAUGUAGAGUAUGCAUUUACACGUCGUGUAUUGGAGAUCUUUUACAGUGGAAAACUUCCUGAAAAAGUACAUCUUUUACAGGGAUUAGGUGGAAGUAAUAGUAGAAAAGAUAAGAACAUGUCUUUGCUCUCCGCUCCUGUCUCUGCUUCUUUUACCACAAACAAUGAUAACAAGAGUAAUACUACUACUACUAAUAGUAAUAGUAAUAGUGAUAAUACCAAACAGCAGGAGAUAUCAGAAGCUGGACAGGAGACUGAGAAGAUCACAAGUGAAAGUAACACUGGAGUCUCUACUGUGGAGCAAGCAGAGAACACGGAAGAUACGCCUAGCGCUAUUCCAACUCCAUCUAACACCACCACCACCACCACCACCACUGCUGCCGUGCCUAAAGAGGAAUCUACUUCACCGGAUGAAUUAGCCCAAAAGGCUGCUGCAUUACUUACACCAGAGGCCGCACAGUUGUUGCUAUUAUUCUUACAAAUAGGGAAACCUACUGUAUCUGUGCCAGAGUCGGUAACAUUUAAAGUACGAUGGAAUCGCGCUGGAAAUCGUGCGGGUAGACGACUACGUGCGGAUAAUAUACGCGGUAUAUCAAAUAAUGGUUAUGCGUUAACUAUUGAACAGUCAUGGUUUGACCGUGUCUUUCCACGCGCAAUUGGCCGUCGUUCGGAAGAUAACACCUCUAAAAAUAAAAAUAAUAAUAAUAAUAAUAAUAAUAAUAAUAAUAAUAAUAAUAACUUGAUAUCAGCAGAGGAUGGGAAUGUGUGUUUACCACGCUACCGUGGAACUGUGCGGGUAUAUGAUGCCGAUGAAAUGCGUGGAAAUAUUCGUCCCGAUGAAAGCGGCAUGCAUGAUGUAUUUUUCUACGGUGAUGCUUUUCUCUGGGAUCCACUGAUGGAACCCGCACGUUGUCGACCUGCUGAAGGUCUUGUGGUCCACUAUUCUAUUUCCGGUAAAGAUCGACAUGGAAGGUAUAUUGCAACUCUCAUCACCGCUACGGAUGAUACGGCUUUAAAUGAUAUCAACGCCGUCUGGGCAAGCAACAGCAAUAAAGCAGAAGAACGCAAUAGAGAUAGACAGGAUGGUAGUGAUGGGGCGAAUAGUGCGGGUGUUGGCGGUGUAAAAGGCCGUGAUGAGGAAAUGACUGGACGGAAACGUGGACGUGAUGAGGAGUUAUUAUUAUUAGAGGAGGAUGACUAUGGUAUUAUGUGA